AUGUCUUGUCAAGAUUAUAAACCAUAUUCAUUUUUCGAAUUAAAUAGUUCAUUAAAAUAUGGUAUCAUAAUACUUAAUUAUUCAUUGGAUAGUCUUCGAAAUUUAUUAAAAAAAGAAAUUUGGGAAAAAGCUAAUAUUCGUGCUUGUGCUGAUGGUGGUUUAAAUAUACUUAAAAUAUAUUCAGAUGAAAUAAAUGAAAAUUUUUUACCAGAUUAUGUUAGUGGUGAUUUUGAUUCGAUUCAUAAAAAAACUUUUGAAUAUUAUAAAUCAAAAUCAAAUAUUCAUUUUAUUAAAACUUAUGAUCAAAAUGAAACAGAUUUUACAAAAUGUGUUCGCCUUAUGAUGGAAAAAAAUUCAACAUUAAAUAAUAUUUUAGUUUUCUGUUCAUUAGGUGGUCGAUUUGAUCAUACUAUAGGUAUUGUACAUUCAUUAUAUUUACUUAAUCAUAUUUAUCCUAAUUUACAAAUAUAUUUAACAAGUGAUAAUGAUAUUACUUUUUUAUUACAUGCUAAUCAAUUAAAUAGAAUUUAUAUUCAAUCAAUAUUAAAUGGAAAUAUAUGUAGUUUAUUACCAAUUGGUCAAUCAGCACAUGUACAAACUGAAGGACUUCAAUGGAAUUUAAAUCGAAAUCAAGAAUUAAGUUUUAAUAAACUUGUUAGUUCAUCAAAUACAUAUGAAACAAAAACAACGUCAUAUGUUGAUGUUUAUACUGAUAAUGAUAUUAUUUGGACAAUGACAUAUUUAUCUCAAAAAUAA